AUGGCAAACAAGGAGAAGAAUGUUCAUAAGUUUACCACCGGAGCACUCAAGACAACUGACAAAAAAGUUGGUGAAAUUUGGAAGAAACAGAGACUAGACAGAUCAAAACUUCUGGAGGAGUUUUCAAAUUCUAUAAAUUCUGUCACGCAUCAAUGUGACGCGGAUGUUGUGACUAUCAAUGAAAAAGAGAAAGAGUGGGAGAAAGGGUUCCAGGAAAUAUUGAAUGGCGUGCACCAACACCGAAUAAUUCAAACUCAGCGCAUCAAAACGCUCAUUCAAAUAACUAAUACACUUAUGAAGAGUUUUGAAGACUUGGAAAAUUGUCAUUGUGAACAACAAAGCAACGUGCAAGGGGAGUUGAAGAAGGACAUGUCACAGUUGCAAAAAAAAAUUAUGAAGGAAACUCAACAGCAAGAGUUAUCGAAUGUCAGAAAAUCUCUUCAAACUAUGUUGGCCCAUGUAUAGACGUUGGACGAAUAC